GAUUCGAUAUACGAUGCAUUUCAUUGGGGUCUAAUACAUCGAUUCUGUGUCCAGAUCGGUGGCCUUGGUCUCCUUCGAAUGGCCUUGUCAAACCCCAAUGGAAGGCAAUCGCCAGCAGCAGGUAAAUAUUGCAUUCUGAUGUGUGGCCACAUGCCGCCUAAAGUGGAGGAAUGCUAUGGGCACUUUGGAGACAUGUUUGAGGCUUUGCUGAAGGAUGAGCCAGCCAGCGAACAUUGGGACACGUUCUUCGUCGUUGACGAUCACUGGCCUGCACAGGGCUGCCUGGAAACAUACGAGGGUAUUGUGGUGACAGGGAGUGCGUCCGACUCGUUUGGGACAGAUCCAUGGAUAGUGCGGCUCCGAGAUGAGCUGGCAGCGGCCGUGCGCCGAAAGCAGAAGAUCCUUGGAGUCUGCUUCGGCUGCCAGAUCAUGGCCAUAGUCCUGGGCGGCUCCGCCGGCAGGGCACUGGUAGGACUGGAGAUAGGCACGUGCAGGAUAGUCUUCCAGCAGCUGCCAGAUCUGGCCAGAGGCCUGCCCUGGGGACACGCCUUACCAGAAGAUGGGAGCAUAAUUGUCCAUGAAAUCCACCAGGACUGCGUGCUGGAGCUACCAAAGGAUGCCACGCUGCUGGCGUCUUCGCCCAAGACCAGGGUGGAAGUGUGGGCGUAUGACAACCACGUCCUAUGCAUACAGGGGCACCCAGAGUUCUCGAGGGACUUCAUGGACACCCUGAUCAGGUGGAGGACAGCCAAUGCCCCAGAAGCACUGCCGCAGUCCCAGGCAGAUCAGGCACUCGCACAGCUAACUGAUCAGCCUGUCACUGCCACAGAUCAGGCUGCCUUGCAGCGUUUGUGUCAUGCCUUCAUUGCAGAACGCACAUGAUUCCGUGCAUGUGGUGUUCUUGUCCAAGUCCUGCUUGGGCUGCUGAUGUUGAACAAAUUGCCAAGGAUACUUUAAGUAUGUAAAUCCAAUUGCAAGUG